AUGUCUCGAAAGAGUCAAGAAGAAAUGCUUAUGGAAUGGUUAGAGAUUCCACUAAGCAGUGAUGACGAUCUUGAGUGUUUCUCUGACGAUUCCAUUCAAGAUGAGACAUAUGUUGCUCCAGAAUCUGUUGAUUGUGAUAGUGACAGUAGUGACGAAGAAAGUCAAGUACCAGUAAUUAGGACUGAAGAUGUUUCUGGAACAAGACAAUCUGAUGUUAUAAUGAAGGAAUCGACGUCACAGUUGUCUGAUAAUGCUCUGAAACUGCCAUGCAGCAGCAAAAAUGUUACCAAAAACAGCAGGAGUGUGGUUUGGAAAGAUAAACAGUUGAUUAUUCCCGAACUGCAGUCAAAAUUUCAUGGCAAUACUUCGUUACCAGAAGAAGUAAUAAACUUAAAUACUCCAUACCAAUUCUUCAAACAUAUAUUUCCAUCUAAAUUGUUUGAUCUAAUUGUCGAAGAGUCUCAUAGAUACAGUGUGCAGUGUAAUCCUGAUAGACCAAUAGAUUUAUCCUGUGAUGACAUAAAAAAAUUUAUAGGCAUCUGCCUCGUAAUGUCAAUAGUUCAUGUACCUAAUACGAGGGAUUACUGGGGAGAAGUUACUGGUACUCAUCUGAUCAAGACAACAAUGACAGUGAAUCAGUAUGAGCAAAUACGUAAGUUUCUUCACUUCAAUGACAACAGUGCAAUGAUACCCAGGGGUGAAAAAGGUCAUGAUAGACUCUUCAAGAUAAGACCCAUAAUAGAAUUGAUGAGAUCUCGGUUUCAAACAAUACCUGUUGAGGAGUGUGUUUCUGUUGAUGAACAGAUAUGUUCAACAAAGGCUAGAAGUUAUUUGAAACAAUACAUGCCAAACAAGCCUCAUAAAUAUGGAUACAAAUUAUUUGUUAUUAGUGGCAUAUCUGGUUAUGCCUACGAUUUUGAGAUUUUCACUGGAGAUGAAAAUGAACCAGAAAAAAAGAGUGACUGGGGAGGAAGACUUGGGAGCAAGUGCAAAUGUUGUAGUUCGACUCAGUAG